CUUCAGGUAGAUGCCGGUCCGAUGACGCUUCGCCAGCGACAGUGGCACCGGCUCCUCGGGGGCGGCAUACGCACUGUUGAUGAGGCGCUUCUUGCCUCGGCCGAUGACCCACGGCCAUAGGCUGACGGCUCACAGGGCCUGCAGGGGGUGCGCACAGGGGGGGCAGCCUCGACGGUCUGGGUCGUGUUGCAGAUAGCUGCAGACAAGACACACACGAAGAGACAUGAUUGUUGACAUUGAUGGAUGGGGGCGAGGUGGGGGAGGUGAGCUGACAUGUCAGUGUACUUCUGCUUAUACGCCUGCAGCUCCACGCGCACACCAGUCUCUCCCGUCCCCUGCAUCAGCCACGCGACAGAUGAGUGAGCUCAUGAAACGGUCGGUGCACUGGGGCGAUGUUCUUAACUGAGUGCGUUCAUACCAUGACAAGGUUCUCGCGGGUGUCUCGCAGGACCUUUCUCCAGGUCCACAGCAGCUCACGGUGUUCCUGCAGACAGCCGGGCAUACACACACACAUCUCCACGUGGCGGAUGGGAUCGGAUGGGAUGCGGUGUGCAUGUUGUUGACGGUGUGGUGCACACACGCCCCCACACACACCUGGAUCAGCGUCUCCUCACUGGGCUUGCGCAGGAGCCUGACUUUGGUGACGGCCGCACCGCGGAUCAACCUGUGGAGGGAGCGACGCAGGCCCCCAUCAGUCAGCUUGUGUGUGGUCCGUUGUGCUUGUUGGCUGUGUGUUGGCUUACGGGCGGUUCGCUUCCAGGGCGGACAUAUCGUAGGGGCUGUCCCCCACAGAGACGACCCUCGUCGGCUCGAGCCCCAUCACCCGCAGUCCCUUGAGCAAGUCCCCGAAACAUCCCCUCUGAACGCACGGACCGGUGGAACACAUCCAUCAAAUACACGCAACAACGAGGCUCGGAUCGCCCACCUUCCAGGUGGACGAGUCCAGCUUCCCACGGCAGGCCUUGUCGGCGUGUUUGCGUGACGAUAUGAAGGGGAUUUGCUGCUGGUGCAGGAAAUGGCGGACCCCCUCAUACCCGGGGUACUGCAGCGACUCGUACAACCUGCAGACACACACACAGACACACAGACACCACCCAUGCACACACGCCGAUGCAGUCAGUGUUUGUGUUGUGUGUUGCGUUGGCUAAUUGGGUACUGUACACUCGGGAGACCCGUUGGAGAUGAUGACCACCUGGGCCUUCUUGGCGGCCUCUUGCAGGAGGGCCAGGGCCUCCGCACCGCCCCUCAGGUUGACCCGCCAGGGCCGCACGGGAUCCACAUAGGACGAAGGAAACAGCGUAUCGUCCUGACACACACAUAAGCACGCAAGAUGACAGAAUGCAUUCCGCAUCAACGCCUUUACAUGCAUGUGUUGAUGCUGCUAGAUGCAUCGGUUCAAUGCACCCCGUGCUUACCCAGUCGAAGAUGACGACGUCGACGCUGGUGCCUUCUUGGCCACCCAACGCCCCACUAGUCAGGCCGCAAUUGAGGCCGCUUUCCAUGCUCUCUGGCACGCUCUCUUGGGAGCCGCCUGCCUUGUUCGAGCCGGAGAGAGGGCAAUCGAGAGAGGGCAGGGGCCGGGCGGUGGCUGCCGAGUGCCCCUCAGCGCCGCAGAAAGGGCUCCUGCACGUGGAUGCUGACGCCACGCCAAUGGCGCCACGCUGAUGGAUGACCCUUGCAGAGGUUGCCUUUGUGGAAACAACAGCCUUUAAUUGUGGAAAGAACAGCGUCCAAAACAGCGAGAGCGAUUGGAAAACCAGAAAGGAGGGGGAGAG